AUGCCCCCGCGUGGCUCUGGGCAGAGUAGCAGCCUCCCCCAGCAGUCGCCUUCCAGCGGUGAUGCAGCAGCAGGAGCUGCAGCAGCAGCAGAAGCAGCAGCAGCAGCAGAAGCAGCAGCAGCAGCAGCUGCAGCAGCAGCAGCAGCAGGAGUGGCGGCAGCAGAAGCAGCGGCAGCAGGAGCAGCAGCUGCAGCAGCAGGAGCAGCAGCUGCAGGAGCAGCAGCAGCAGCAGGAGCAGCAGCAGUAGAAGUAGCAGCAGCAGCAGCAUUACUUGCGGGUCCAGCAGCAACCGCAGCAGCAGCAACAGCAGCAGAAGGAGCUGCAGCAAGACGAGCAACAGCAGCAGCAGCAACAGCAGCAGCAGCACAAGCAGCAGCAGCAGCAGCAGCAGGACCAGAAGUAUCAGCAGCAAACCCACAAGCAGCAGGCGUAUCUGCAUCAUCAACCGCAGCACUUGCAGCAGCUGACUCAGCAUCAGCAACAGCAGCAGCAGCAGCAGCAACAGCAGCAGCAGCAGCAGCAGCAGCAGCAGCAGCAGCAAAUACAGAAGAUGCAAGGAGUUCAUCUGGUUUUUUCUCUACAGCUUCAUUUCAAUUAAAUAGCAGCAGAGAGACGCUAGACUCACCAUCAACAGAAACAACGCAGCAGCAGCAGCAGCAGCAGCAGCAGCAGCAACAGCUGCAGCAGCAGCAGCAGCAGCAGCAGCAGCAAAGGCAAGAACAACAGCAGCAGCACGAGCAGAGCUACCAUCGUCGUCACCAUCAUCCGCGGCAGCUGCAUCAGCUGCAGCAGCACCACCCCCCCCACCACCAUCCGCAGCAGCAGCAGCAGCAGCAGCAGCAGCAGCAGCAGCAGCAACAGCAGCAGCAGCAGCACAGAAAGAGGCUGCAAGCGAUGGAUGCGGAUUGCUCAGGCCCCCCCCCUCCCUCUGCUGGGGGAGAAGGGGUAGACAGCAGCAGCAGCAGCAGCAGCAGCAGCAGCAGCAGCAGCAGCAGCAGCAGCAACAAAAAUAAUAAUGAGAGAAAGACAAAAGAAAAAGCAAAAACAAACGCAAGUGAGUCUGACGAUGAGUAUAAUAAAGAAACGCAAAAAGAAAAAAAAGAAAAAAAAGAAAAAAAAGAAAAAAAAGAAAAAAAAGAAAAAACAGAAAGACAAACAAAUACAUCGUUUUAUCGUUUGCAUGCAUCUGCUGCUAGAACGUUGCUGCGGCGUUUAGGUGCAGCAGCAAAGGCUCGUGCUUCUCGUCUCUCUCACCACCCCUCCCAGCAGCAGCAGCAGCAGCAGCAGCAGCAGCAGCAGCAGCAGCAGCAGCAGCAAGCAGAAGAGGACCCGCUAGCUCUAUGGGCCGGGGGCUGCUGCCUCCCCUGCGUGGGGUGUAUGCACAGCAGCGACUGUCUUUUUAUCUCCUGCUGCACGGAUUUUCAUCUCCCGCUGCAGCUGCGGCAGCAGCGGCAGCUGCAACGCAUGCUCCAUCAGCAGCAGCAGCAGCAGCAGCAGCAGCAGCAGCAGCAGCAACAGCAGCAGCAGCAACAGCAGCAGCAUACGUUGGCUGAAGCCUUCAUGAGAAAAUUCGAACAGCACCAUGCUCAACAGCAGCAACAGCAGCAGCAGCAGCAGCAGCAGCAACAGCAACAGCAGCAGCAGCAGCAGCAGCAGCAGCAGCAGCAGCAGCAUGUUUCUGUUUCUCCCGUAUACACGUGUAUAUCUCCCACCGCUGCCCCCCUGCCCCCCGCCCCCAUCCCCAGCAGCAUCCCCAGCAUCCCCAGCAGCAUCCCCAGCAGCAGCAGCAGCAGCAGCAGCAGCAGCAGCAGCAGCAGCAGCAGCAGCAGGAGGAGUAGAGAAAUAUAUCCUGCUGCUCCUUUAUGUUUAUCUAGUUUUUGUGGUAUUGCUGAUGGGGUCGGCAGCUGGGGGGCCUUUGGGGUCUCCUCUUGCCGCUUUGCUGCUGAGCUGAUGCAGCACAGUGCUCGUGUUUCUAUCUCUCUAGCUAAAAAAAUAAAACAAAAAAGAAUACAAGAACAGCAGCAGCAGCAGCAGCUGCUGCUGCUGCAGCAGCAGCAGCAGCAGGAGGGGGUGGGGGAGCUGCUGCAGCAGCAGCAGCAGCAGCAGCAGCAGCAAAAAAUAAGGAGAAGGAAAGUAAUAAACAAUACAAAAAGAGCAGCCAUAGAAAAAAGAGAAAGACAUCCGAUUGUAGAGAUAGCAGCAGCAGCAGAAACAACUGCAGCAGCAGCAGCAGCAGCAGCAACUGCAGCAGCAACAGCAACUGCAGCAACAGAAAGGCGAUCAUACAGAAGAAGAAGGAAGAAAAACAGCAGCAGCAGCAGCAGCAGCAGUAGCAGCAGCAGCAGCAGCAGCAGCAGCAGUUUAUCCCCUACAAACACCGCAUCAGCAGCAGCAGCAGCAGUUUCUUAUGAAUCUGACGCCAGCAGCAACAGCAGCAUCAGCAGCAAGAGCAGCAGCAGCAGCAGCAACAGCAGCAAGAGCAGCAGCAGCAGAUAUAAAAUACCUUAUGGUGGUGCUGCUGAUGCUGCUAGAUAUAUACUAACUGAAGCAUAUAAAAAAACAACAGCAUACGGCGCCAGCACUGCUUUGCUUCUUUAUUUAGACUCAAAGACAAGAGAGCUCGGUGCUGCUAAUGUUGGCGAUUGCUCUCUCCUAGUACAUAAGGAGAAGGAAAGUAAUAAACAAUACAAAAAGAGCAGCCAUAGAAAAAAGAGAAAGACAUCCGAUAGUAGAGAUAGCAGCAGCAGCAGAAACAACUGCAGCAGCAGCAGCAGCAGCAGCAGCAACAGCAACAGCAACUCCAGCAGCAGAAAGGCGAUCAUACAGAAGAAGAAGGAAGAAAAACAGCAGCAGCAGCAGCAGCAGCAGCAGCAGUAG